AUGGCCCCUUCUCUUGUCUCUCCCCAUGCUGAGUUAUCUUGCUGUGUUGUUUUCUCCGUCUCAACGAAUCUCGUAGAACCGGCAUCGGGGCACCCUUGGAAAUACGGCGAAACCAAUCAGGGGCUGGCCGAUCCCUGUCACUCUGACGUCACUCGCACCCGACUUUUGCACCCAGUGGUACCUGGGAGUGACUUGCUCAGCCCCGAGUUGGCAACCAGUUGCUUAAAUGGAUCCUCGAUCCUGCGCGUCCCUGUUUCUUUCUUCCUCCCACAACAACAAACUUCAUCAGUCUCUCCCAACGCUCUCCCAACUCUCUCCCAACUCUCUCUCGCGCUGUUGCUAACCACGCACAUAUCCGCUGCUUGUCUCUGCACAACAACAACAACAACAACAACAACACGCCACUCUCCUAUCCCACUUGACCUCACCUCCAAUAACCCCUUCCCUUUUUUCAAGUCCGUCGUGACAAAGAACGGGUUUAUGUCAAUCGAAAACCUCAAGACCUUCGACCCCUUCGCCGAAGCUGACGAAGACACCGGCGAUACUAAACAGUCUCAAAAUUAUAUCCAUAUACGGAUUCAGCAGCGCAAUGGUCGCAAGACUCUGACAACUGUUCAAGGUCUCCCGAAGAAGUUCGACCAAAAGAAAAUCCUCAAGGUCAUCAAGAAGAAGUUUGCCUGCAAUGGCACCAUCGUCAAUGACAGUGAGAUGGGCGAGGUGAUCCAGCUCCAGGGGGAUCAGCGCAAGGAUGUCCAAGAAUUUUUGGUCGAUAAAAAGGAAGGGCUUGAGCUCGACGCCAAAACUAUAAAGGUCCAUGGGUUCUAA